AAAAAAAAACAAGAAGAGGAAGAGGUGGAAAUCAUAUGACUUGUCGAUCGAUAGAGAAAAAAAGGUUGAAUUUUCACCGUCGCUCCGUUUCGAACUGCACGCUUUUUGCCACACAAUUCGCGCAACUUUCGGUCGAGCGAGAGCAGUCCCAUAGAAAGGAAUCCGCAAUCCAGGAAUCCAGUGGAAUUCGUCACCUAUUUCUCACUCCAAUUGUGUGUCUGCGUCGUGUGUCAUCAAGAUGAACAGCUCGGGCUUUAUGUUCAACAUCGAUAAUGGAUAUCUGGAGGGUCUGUGCCGCGGCUUCAAGUGCGGCAUCCUCAAGCAGGCCGACUAUUUGAACCUGGUGCAGUGCGAGACCUUGGAGGAUCUCAAGCUGCAUCUGCAGGGAACGGACUAUGGCAGCUUCCUUGCCAACGAGCCCUCGCCUUUGUCGGUGUCCGUGAUCGACGACAAGUUGCGCGAAAAGCUGGUCAUCGAGUUCCAGCACAUGAGGAACCACGCCGUGGAGCCGUUGUCCAACUUCCUGGACUUCAUCACCUACGGCUAUAUGAUCGACAACAUCAUCCUGCUGAUCACCGGCACGCUGCACCAGCGCCCCAUCUCUGAGCUGAUCCCCAAGUGCCACCCGCUGGGCAGCUUCGAGCAGAUGGAGGCCAUCCAUGUGGCAUCCACGCCCGCCGAGCUGUAUAACGCCGUCCUGGUGGACACGCCCCUGGCUCCCUUCUUCGUCGACUGCAUCUCCGAGCAGGAUCUUGACGAGAUGAACAUUGAGAUCAUCCGCAACACCCUCUACAAGGCAUAUCUGGAGGCGUUCUACAACUUCUGCAAGAACAUGGGCGGCGCCACCGCCGAUGUUAUGUGCGAGAUCCUGGCUUUCGAGGCCGAUCGUCGUGCGAUCAUCAUCACCAUCAACUCCUUCGGCACGGAGCUGUCCAAGGACGACCGCGCCAAGCUGUAUCCCAACUGCGGCAAGAUGUACCCCGAUGGCCUGGCUGCUCUGGCUCGUGCCGACGACUACGAGCAGGUGAAGACCGUGGCCGAGUAUUACGCAGAGUACGCCGCCCUGUUCGACGGAUCCGGCAACAAUCCCGGCGACAAGACGCUUGAGGACAAGUUCUUCGAGCACGAGGUCAAGCUGAACGUGUACGCCUUCUUGCAGCAGUUCCACUUCGGAGUCUUCUACGCGUACCUCAAGCUCAAGGAGCAGGAGUGCCGCAACAUCGUCUGGAUUGCCGAGUGCGUCGCCCAGAAGCAUCGUGCAAAGAUCGACAACUACAUACCCAUCUUCUAAGCGCGCGAGAGCCGAUGGCUAAUCAUUUGGCAUACAAAUAAUAUUAUACGUUUUUUUUUCCUGCCUUUUUCGAUAUGCGUUUUUUUUUUGUUUGUCCCCAUACCCUUGUUAUUCAAUUGUUUAAUGUAUAUUAUAUUAUGAUACUGUGUCUGUAUGUUUGUAUGUAGUUUUGUUUGCUAGUAUUAUUGCCGGCCCAGGCAAAUUUUUGUCAAGUGUUCAGACCCAGACCCAAAACAUUAAAGCCAAAUUUCUCCGAUUCCGCCGCUCCUCGCUCCUCCCCCGAUUGUUGUCAGCAUUGGCCCCAAUAGAUAACUAUAUAAUAUGUAUUCGGGAGACCCCUAGUGUCCCUUCAGGGCUUCGUAUUUGUGUACAUAUGUAUCAUUAUCGAACGGAACGAAAACAGUUCAAAUUGAAUGUAGAGAAAAAGGAAAGCAUCAGCACCAUAUGUUAACUACUAUAUAGAAAAUGCAUACUUAUACAAAAACUACAUAUGUGAAUGAUAAAUCAAUUAUUAAAACAUGUUUUCAAACAUUCCCUUUAA